AUGAUAAAGAACAAAGAAGAUGGCAGUAUAAUGGAGAAGGAGACUAUAUUGAAUAGGACAUCAAAGACAAAGGUGUGCUACUUUCAUGAUCAUGACAUUGGCAACUACUUCUAUGGCAUCUAUCAUCCAAUGAAACCACAUCGACUAUGUCUUACAAACAGUCUCGUUCUAAACUAUGGUCUGCACAAGAAGAUGGACAUAUACAAAGCCAGAAGGGCAGAUCGACAAGACCUCCUACGCUUCCAUUCAAUCGAUUACAUUGACUUUCUCGAAAGAGUCACACCUGGUACACUGCCUGAAUAUAAGGAGGCAGUUAAACAGUUUCACAUUGGCGAGGAUUGCCCAGUGUUCCCUGGAUUGUGGGAUUACUGCCAGGUGUAUACGGGCGGCUCAAUAGAGGGCGCAGUCAAGCUGAAUCACAAGAUGUACGAUAUUGCGAUCAAUUGGAGUGGUGGCCUGCAUCACGCGCGCAAGGACGAAGCGUCUGGCUUCUGCUACAUCAACGACAUUGUGCUGGCGAUUGUCGAACUGCUCAAAUACCACGCGCGCGUAUUGUACAUAGACAUUGACAUUCAUCAUGGCGACGGCGUGCAGGAGGCCUUCUACCUGUCGGACCGCGUGAUGACCGUCAGCUUUCACAAGUAUGGCAACGACUUUUUCCCAGGCACGGGCGACUCGGACGAGAUUGGCAUACGCAAGGGCAAGAACUACUCUAUCAACGUGCCACUGCGCGAUGGCAUUGAUGAUCGCAGCUAUCAGAGCAUCUUCAAGCCCGUCAUCCAAGGUGUCAUGGACUACUACCGACCAUCUGCUGUCGUACUCCAAUGUGGCGCUGACUCACUCCGCUUCGACAGACUUGGUUGUUUCAACCUAACCUUCAAGGGGCAUGCUGAAUGUGUAAAAUUUGUAAAGAGCUUUGGACUGCCUACCAUGGUGCUGGGCGGUGGUGGAUACACUGUCAAGAAUGUGGCGAGAUGCUGGACGUAUGAGACAUCGGUGUUGGUGGACACAGAGAUAAGUAAUGAGCUGCCACCAAACGAUUAUAUUCUGUUUUACAGUCCCGACUUCAAACUGCAUCCCGAUUACUCUGGCAUUCCUUACCGCUACGAGAACCUCAACUCGAGACAAUAUCUAGAGAACCUCAAAGGCAAUAUCCUGGACCAUCUCCGCGUGCUCCAAUGGGCACCCAGUGUCCAGAUCCAAGAUAUUCCACCAGAUGUUAUGAACAUAGAAGAGGAUGAAGAUAAUUUUGAUCCUGAUAAGCCCAAACCGUUAAAGUCCUCAUUCAGAAGUCUCGACGCUCAAGAGGACCGCGAGGACAGCGACAAUGACAUGUUGUGA